AGCGCUUCUGGUCCGAGGCUGUCGUGGUGUGUAUGUCUCCUGUUCUGCUGAGGCUUAUAGGAUUGCGAGCAUUCUCAAUGGCCACCGAGGCCUAUGCGUCUGGAUCCCUCUCUGCUGCUUAUGUCACUUGUCCUAAUGACAAAGUGGCCAAAGACAUUGCCAGGGGUCUGGUGGAGAAGAAGCUGGCAGCCUGUGUGAACAUUAUACCACAGAUCACCUCCAUAUAUGAAUGGAAAGGGAAGAUCGAGGAGGACAGUGAGGUCUUACUGAUGAUUAAGACCAGGUCAUCCAAAGUUCCAUCUCUAACGGAAUAUGUCAGGUCUGUCCAUCCAUAUGAAGUGUGUGAGGUGAUCAGCGUCCCCAUAGACCAGGGGAACCCUCCGUACCUCUCAUGGGUUGAAGAUGCUGUGCCAAAAUGAGACUUUGAUAUCUCCACCGUCACUGUUCGAUGAUCUAAAAGGGUCAGUCCUCCCCGAAGUGAUGGCUGGAGGCGGAGCUUUGUGGGCCAAUUCAACCCCUGACUUCUUAUAAGUCUCGAAUGCAUCAAUUCUUUCUGCCAUGGUUCCUGGCUCUGUUUCUUGGAGUUGUGUGUGUUUUUAGCUCCUCCUGUUACAUUCACUAUAAUAUGAAAUGAAUAUAAAAUCCAGCAUGGAGGGUGAGAGCCGCUAGUGAUGGGCACAGCAG